ACAGAAUUAAGAAAAGUCGGAAGCAAAACAGCUACACACUAAGAAAAGCAGAAGUGGGCGCCUCAGGGACGGAUUGUUCCCUAUGAGGGGCUGAACCCUGGAGGGUCCAGCCGUGGCCUGGCUGUGGGUGACCCAUGUGUGGGAGAAAUGACUCAACUGGCCUCGGCUGCGUGGCUGCCCACCCUGUUGCUGGUGCUGCUCUUCUGUCUUCCAGGCUGUGUCCCUCUGCAUGGCCCCAGCAGCGUGACAGGCGCUGUGGGGGAAUCCCUGAGUGUGAAGUGUCAAUAUGAGGAGAAAUUCAAGACUAAUGACAAAUACUGGUGCAGAGAGUCACCAGUGCCACGAAUAUGUAGCCUGAGUGUCAAGACCAGAAGCUCAAAAAAAGCUAGGAAUGGCCGGAUGUCCAUCAGGGACCAUCCAGAGAACCUCACCUUCACAGUGACCUUGGAGAAUCUCACCCUGGAGGAUGCAGGCACCUACCUGUGUGCGGUGGAUAUACGGCUUGUCAUCAGUAAUCUCUUGCCAAUAGAUGACUACUUUAGGGUUGUGGUGUCUGUGGUCCCAGGUAAGUCCCCAGUUUCAUCUCCAGGACCAAUGCCAGGGACGACGCCUAAGGUGCCCACCAGCCUGGCUACAGAAGGUACCACCCCAGGAUCCAUCACGGAGGGCCAUCGUGAGCAACACAAGGGCUCAGGCUUCAGCCUCCCAGUGCUGCUGUCCCUGUUAGCUCUUCUGCUGUUUCUGUUGCUGGGGACCUCUCUGCUGGCCUGGAGGGUGUUCCAGAAGCAUCUGGUCAAAGCUGAUAUGCACCCAGAGCUGUCCCAGAACCUCAGGCAGGCUGCUGAGCAGAGUGAGACCCAGUAUGUGAAUCUGCAGCUGCACUCAUGGCCCCUGAAGGAAGAGCCGGUGCUUCCCAGUCAUGUAGAGGUGGAAUACAGCACAGUGGCAUUCCCCCAGGAAGAGCUUCACUAUACAUCAGUGGCGUUCGACUCACAGGGGCAGGAUUCUCAUGCCAAUGGGGAUUCUGCACGGCUGCAUCAGGGCCAAGAAGCAGAGUACAGCGAGGUCCGGAAGCCCCAAGAAGGCCCUGUUGACCCUCACCCGUGACUCCUUGUCGCCCGAUCCUCUCAGUGGUGACCACCAGGUUCCCAAGAUCCUUGCAGGGUGCUGCCCUCAGUGUCCUGAGCCUCGCUGGUUUUAUUAAAGAUGAGCAGGAGCCAAGGCUUUGUGGGAACAGAGGCUCGUCCCACUGGCUCUCUCCUCUCUCAUUUUGUUCUGCCUCUGAGUGUGGAAGAUGGUUCGGCUGCAUCCCGUGGGGCUUUGGGAAGUGACGUGAUCCAUCUAGAAUGUCACCACUUGGGUUAGCUUUGCCGUGUCAGUCCAGCAGGAACAUCUGUGGUCGCCGAGAAAGUGGAGAAUCAACAAAGUCAUGAGAGUACAAAGGGAGGGGAGUCACAGGGCCUUUAAACAUCAGCUCCAUCUCACAGAGAGAGAAGCCGAAGUUCAGAAGGCAGGAGCCUGGCCCCGGGCUGCGGGCAAAUUCCUCUGGACGCUUAGGUAAAAGAUGAAAUAAAGUUUAUAAUGCCUUUUUAAAAGGAGAAGAAAUGGUUUCAAGGAUGUCUGCUACAUACCUACAGCACCAUAUUAAAGCCCAGCUUUGAAGUCAGAGGAACCUUUGGGGCACAAGGGCUUGGAAAGGG